CUUUUCAUCACCGCUUGUGCGGCGACUUACGGGCGCAUUCGUCCACCGUGACGUGGACUUGCGUGAUAAGCGUCCUAGUUAUAGACGCUGCCAAUCGCUUUGAUUUUCCAGCAAGCAACACCGUCAACGCUGUAGACAGCAGCGCUCUCUGCAGGCUGCAACUGCAAUGCACACACUCGCAGCCGCAGCGUUGCUCGUCACAACCAAUGCACUGCAACUCUGGAAGAAGCCAGUCGCUGCACCGCCGUCCGCGCCAGCAAUCGCUGCUGUGGACGACCACCGCCGCGCCGUCAUCGGCGGCCACAACUGGCUGACGCACGCCCCGCCGAGCUACUUCGCGAGAGAUAAGCUCACGGUCAAGGGCCCACGCGCGAACACCGAUGUUGGCGCGCCCGUUGACGCGACGCGGCCCCUCGUCAAAUUGGGAGACGUGGCCGUGGGGUCGUGGUCAUGUAGCGAAGGCGGCUGGCUCAGCCCGGCGCCGCGCACAUCAACGGAGUGGUUUAUCAUGCUUGAAGGCGAAGGCUCCGUGGAUGAAGAAGACGGCACGCGGCAUCGCUUUGCGGCCGGCGACGUCGUAGUGCUGCCGCGCGGCUGGUCGGGCCGAUGGGACGUGCAGAAGGACCUCCACAAGGUCUGGGCCGUGCACACGCAUGCAGACGACGGCAGGUCCACGUCCCCCGUCAUCGCGACGCCGUCGCAAAUGUCCGACGGCGACAUCUACAAGGCAGGCGACACGGCCGUGCGGGUCUGGACGCGCCAGCCGGGCCCCGUGGAGGUCCGCGACAAGGCGACGACGGAGUCGAUCUACGUGCUGAGCGGCGAGAUGUUCGUGACGAACGCGGACGGCUCGGCCGUGCGCUGCGUCGCCGGCGACACGGUCGCCUUGCCCCGCGGCUGGACCGGCCGCUACGACGUGGCGUCCGCGGUCAAAGCGGUCACAGUCUGUGCGAAAAUCAGCCAGUGGUCGCGUCGAUGGCGUUGACUUUGAUCCGCGCAGGUAUCAGUCGUCGUCGGCAAGGAGACCACUUCAGCCGCGGCACCGGCGCCAUCUGUGUCGCACGCGGGCGGCAAACGACGACCGAUCGUCGGCGGCAACUGGAAGUGCAACCCCGCCACCGCGUCGUCGCUCGACGAGCUCUGCCGGAACUUCGACGGCGUCGCGCCGUACCUCGAAAAAUGUGAUGUUUAUGUGUGUCCGUCGAAUUUACAUGUUGCUCUCGUCAAGGACAACUUCACGCCUGGUGUCCAUGUAGCUCCGCAAAACUGUAACUUCAAGGGCUGCGGCGCCUACACCGGAGAGAUGUCGGUUGAUCAAAUCCAAGACCUGGGCCUCGGGUGGGUGCUCAUCGGCCACAGCGAACGGCGCGGAGAAUUCGGCCUGCCCACGCCGGCCGAGUCCAACCAGCUCAUGGCGACGAAGCUCCAGUAUAUUUUGGACCAGGGGCUAAAUUGCGUCUUCUGCAUCGGCGAGCCGCUGUCGAUUCGACAGAAGGGGAUUCAAGCGGUCCUUUGCUGUGCACAAAUCAACCAGUGAGUCGGGUCCACCCGAUAAUUCUUCACUAAGUCAUUUCUCGGCGAUGACGCGGGCGUGUUGGCUCCGUCGAGCGGUGAGGAACCAGUAUCGCCACGCCAUCGAGCAGGCGUCGCGUCGAUGGCGUGGAGGUCGACGCGACGAUUCAGCGCGAACGCGCCGUGAACUUUUGAUUUAUGCACAGGUCCUCAGCGAAUGCGCCGAUCAGCUCACGGACGUUGUCGCCUGUGUGGAAAUCAACCGGUCAGUUAGGUCCGAAUUAUUACGGAGAACCUCCACGCCAUAGCUGCAGCAGUUACAGGGACGACGUCGCAUCGAUGGCGUGGAAGCUCCACGCCAUCGAGCAGAUGAAGUUAUGGGGACCAUGUCGCGUCAAUGGCGUGGCGCCUGAAAUUUGAUUUCCACACAGAUCGUGCCGAUCCUGAAGGCCUUGGAGGACAAGUCGCGCGUCGUCAUCGCCUACGAGCCAGUCUCUUGAAAUCAGUGUCCCAAUCAAUGACACCGCGAUGAACUUCCGCGUCGCAGGUCUGGGCCAUCGGCACGGGUGUGGCCGCGACGCCCGAGCAGGCGCAGGAGACGCGUGCGUGAUCCGCGUCCUUCACUUUUUACGCGUCGAUGGCGUGCCACCACGUCUCAAUCCCGCGCAGACAAGGGCAUCCGCGACUGGAUCGCCGCGAACGUCGACCGCGCCACGGCCGACGCGAUCCGCAUCCAAUACGGAGGAAGCGCAAAUGCGGGCAACGCGCCGGAACUCUCUUCGUUCCCGGACAUCGACGGCUUCUUGGUGGGCGGCGCGUCGCUCAAGCCGGAGAUCAGUGACAUCGUGAAGGCGAUCGCCGAGGCCAAAGUAUAAUAAAGCUCGGUCGUCAACUUAGUAAUACUACUACGGCGCGUCGAUGGCGUACGUAUGGGGUCCUCCGCGCGCAGCUGCCGCUCGACAGCCUCGACUUUGUACGUGUAGUCUCUGGACUAAG